ACUAUCGAUCAGCGACACUAUCAUCAAAUCAACACAUUAUUUUAAAUACCUAACCUAUUUUGCAAUUAUUUUGCUUAUUAUUUGGACUUUUUAUCAGUACAUAUAACUUUUAUCAUUACAGUCUUUAAUUUCUAAUCAUAAAAAACAGUUCUGUGCACCAGCACUUGUCAACAAUGGUGGUGUCAGAAGAGUCCAAGCCUGCGAUGGAAGGCGAGACAGCCAGCAAGAAGGCAGCCAAGAAAGCAGCAAAGGCUGCGGAAAAACAGCAGAAGAAGGCUGAACAUAAGGCAGCCAACCAACAACCCCAAUCGGAAGAGCCUGACGUGUCGGAAGGUCUAUACGGGGUCCGCAAGCUGAUCCAGUCAUCAGGGGAGUUCCAGGACAGAGUCUACACUGAUGUUAAGGACCUGACACCUAGUCUGCACGGGAAGGAAGUCUGGGUUAGAGCUCGUCUCCAAACCUCCCGAGCUAAAGGCAAGCAAUGCUUCGCGGUCCUCAGACAGGCGUCCAGCACGAUUCAGCUGCUCACCACAGUCGACCCUGAGAGGAAGAUUAGCAAGCAGAUGGUCAAAUUUGUUGGCAACAUAACGAAAGAGUCUAUAAUCGACGUACGCGCAACCGUGGUGAGAACCGCGUCACCGAUAGAGUCGUGCUCGGUGAAGGGCGCGGAGCUGGCGGGCCGCGAGCUGUGGCUGGUGUCGGCGGCGCGCGCGCAGCUGCCGCUGCAGCUGGAGGACGCCGCCCGCCCGGAGACCGCCGACGACCCCGAGGCGCUGAGGAUCCGCGUGAACCAGGACACGCGUUUGGACAAUCGAGUUCUGGACCUGCGCACGCCGGCCAACCAGGCCAUCUUCAGGGUCGAGGCGGGGCUGUGUCGGCUGUUCAGGGAGAUACUGACCGACAAAGGUUUCAUUGAAAUACACACGCCAAAAAUCAUAUCGGCUGCGUCUGAAGGCGGCGCCAACGUAUUCACGGUGUCUUAUUUCAAGAGUUCAGCGUAUUUGGCUCAGAGUCCACAGCUUUACAAGCAGAUGGCCAUCGCGGCCGAUUUUGAUAAGGUGUUCACAGUUGGAGCGGUUUUCCGCGCUGAAGAUUCGAACACGCACCGACAUCUAACAGAGUUCGUGGGUUUGGACUUGGAGAUGGCCUUCAAGAACCACUACCACGAGGUGGUGACCAUCAUCGGGCAGACCUUCACUGACAUCUUCAGGGGAUUGAGAGACCAAUACGCAACGGAGAUAGCCGUGGUGGGGCAGCAGUACAGAGUGGAGCCGUUCAAAUUCCUCGACCCCCCUCUUAGGCUGGAGUUCCCACAGGCGAUACAGAUGUUGAAGGAAGCUGGCGUGACAAUCGGGGAGGAAGAUGACCUCUCGACGCCCGAUGAGAAACUCCUCGGCAGGCUGGUGAAGGCCAAGUAUGACACCGACUUCUACAUCCUGGACAAGUACCCGCUGGCCGUGAGGCCGUUCUACACGAUGCCCGACCCGAAUAAUCCGAAAUGGUCAAACUCGUACGACAUGUUUAUGAGAGGCGAAGAGAUACUCAGCGGCGCUCAGCGGAUACACGACCCGGACUUCCUCACCGAGAGGGCGAAGCACCAUGGGAUUGAUAUCAGCAAGAUAGCUGCAUACAUAGAGUCUUUUAGAUUAGGUUGCCCCCCUCACGCCGGAGGCGGCAUCGGAAUGGAGAGAGUAGUGAUGCUGUACCUCGGUCUGGACAACAUCAGAAAGACCUCGAUGUUCCCCCGUGACCCUAAGAGAGUCACGCCAUAGAAAGUCUCAAAUAUAAUUUGUUGUAUAUGGGUUUUGUAAUAAAUUAUUAUGUAAAUGUAUAAAA